CAUGAUCCAGUCUAUGAUAUACAUAGCAGAGGAUAUAUUGAUGAUCUUAUACAAGUACUAAUUCUGUACGAACUUUUUAAAAAUGCAGAGGAUACAAUGUCAAUGACUAAGGCAUUAGCUAAAAUGGUUCUAUCUGGAGAAGGGUUAGAUAGCAAAUAUCCUCUCCUACAGUUCGAUAAAACAAGGAGAUAUAAUGCUAUGUCAUUCUCUAAAUCAUUUGAGCCCAGUUUAUCUGAAGAAAUAGAGGAG